UCUUCCUGCACCCUUGACUCCCUUGAGAGACUUUUGACUGAUGCUUGUUGAAUUAAAAAUUUCAAUUGAACGGAAAAAUGCACGAUAAUUGAGUGAAGUAGGUGGUAGUGCGUGUUAAAGUAUAAAAUUCGAGUGGGAAGAAAACGUGGCAAUGAACAGGAAAGCCAGUGACGAUCCCAGACAAGUACUGGCGAUUUUGAAUUCCUUGGGGGUCGUUGGUGUCACCGCCCCCGAGUUGAAGGCGUUUAUGAAAGAGUUGAAGUUGUACAGAAAGAUAAAGGAGCACGAGAACGAUCAGUGGAAGGAAGAAACGAAGGCUAAAAUACUGGGCAGGUACGAGCUGUUGGAGAUUCACAAGACAAAUUCACACAAGCCGUGUGCUUUGCAAAACGUUGCGUUGAACAGGCAGGAGAGAAAGAAAACUAAAAGUGACAAGUCACAGAAAAACUGUUUGGAAAUAGUGAUUGACAGAAAGGCCAAGCGCAGUGUUGGCCAGAACAAAGAAAAUAACGUGGAAAAGGCGAUAUCGACUCUGGCGAUAUCUUUUGAAAAGUGUAAGACUCGGACGCCGCAAAAAAAUUCGGAAAAGACUUGUGCCAAGAAAACGGACAAGGUUGAGGCGCGUCCAGCUAGCGCCCCACAGACCGAGUCUAAAGCUGUCGAAAGGCCAUCUCGCCAAAGAACGAAAAGCUUGACUUCCUUUGAAUCAAGAAGCCAAUCAAAAAUGCGAUUGCGCUCCAGAUCUAAAUCUUUCAUCAGAUCUCCGCAAUCUAGACAAGAGUCAAGAUCAUCAUCGCAAACGAGGAAGGGACCGAGUGAUCCAGUAGCUCUGUACAACAAGUACAAAAGUAUCUGGGAUCAGUUGUCACUUCCUGGUGAAAAGACCCAUGCAAAGUUGAGAUGGGCUGUGCGUGAGAAAAUGCUAGGCUCUGAACCAUAUCCAAAGCCAGUUGUAGAGUACAAAAGGCCACUACGAACACUCUCCAAGGGUAGAAAAAAAUAAUGUUGGAUUCCAAAAGAAAACUAGAUAUAUUUCAAUAUGAUAAUAAAUUUAAUUGUUUUAUUUACACAAUG